AUGGCACGUCUAAGCGGCAAAGUUGCUCUCGUCACUGGAGCGGGCAGCGGGUUCGGCGAGGCUAUUGCACAUGCAUACGCUGCAGAAGGGGCAAAAGUCCUGAUCGCAGACAUUGCCGUGGCCAAUGGACAGAGAGUGGCUUCUGAUAUUGCAGCCAAAGGUUACACAGGAGACGCCGUAUUCGUCGAGUUGAACGUCACCAAACGCAGCGACUGGGAGAAGGGUCUGCAGUUGGCCAAGGACAAGUAUGGAAAGCUGGACAUUGUGGUCAACAAUGCUGGCACCACCUACAAGAAACAGCCUAGCAUGGGCGUUUCGGAGGCGGAUUUCGACAGGGUCGUGGCCGUCAACAUCAAGAGCAUAUAUCUGAGUGUUUCGGUCUUGAUGCCGUAUUUCGUCGAGAGGAAAAGUGGCGUUUUCCUGAGCACUUCGUCGAUUUCUGGCAUGAGAACCCGGCCCGGUCAGGUCUUUUACGGCGGUACCAAGGGAUUUGUCAACACGAUCACCCAGGGGCUUGCUGCCGAGUAUGGGCCAGACGGGAUCCGCGUGAACUCGAUCUGUCCGCUCCGAGGCGCCACGGGCCUGCUAGAACUAUUUAGCGGCGUCCCAGAUACUCCUGAAGAAAGAGAGAGGUUUGCCCAAACUGUUCCAUUACGCCGCAUGUCGGAGCCAAAUGAUAUCGCCAUGGCUGCGGUUUACCUUGCGAGUGACGAGGCGGCAUUUGUCACCGGAGUCAAUCUGCCGGUGGAUGGAGGGCGACUCGCUCUGUGA